UCUUGUUUUCUUCUACUUGCCCAAUUCAGUUAUACCAAAAAAUGGGUUCAACAAGCCAUAGCCUAACUCAAACAGAGGAUGAAGCUUUCUUAUUCGCUAUGCAAUUAGCCAGUGCCUCUGUACUUCCCAUGGUUCUAAAAUCAGCUGUAGAACUUGACCUUCUUGAAAUUAUGGCUAAGGCUGGUCCAGGUGCAUCUAUUUCUCCUUCUGAGCUAGCCGCUCAGCUUCCUUCGAAGAACCCAGAUGCACCCGUAAUGCUUGAUCGAAUGCUUAGGCUUCUUGCUACUUACUCUGUUCUCAAUUGUACGCUCAGGACACUCCCUGAUGGUCGAGUCGAGCGGCUUUAUAGUCUUGCUCCGGUUUGUAAGUUCCUGACUAAGAAUGCCGAUGGUGUUUCUGUCGCACCACUUUUGCUCAUGAAUCAAGAUAAAGUACUCAUGGAGAGCUGGUACCACUUAAAAGAUGCAGUACUUGAUGGUGGAAUCCCUUUCAACAAGGCGUAUGGAAUGACAGCAUUCGAGUACCAUGGAACAGAUCCAAGAUUCAACAAGGUAUUCAAUCGUGGAAUGUCUGAUCACACCACCCUGUCCAUGAAGAAGAUUCUCGAAGACUAUAAGGGAUUUGAAGGACUCAAUUCCAUUGUUGAUGUUGGUGGUGGAACAGGGGCUACUGUGAACAUGAUUGUCUCCAAGUAUCCCUCCAUUAAGGGUAUUAACUUUGAUUUGCCCCAUGUUAUCCAAGAUGCUCCAGCUUAUCCAGGCGUCGAGCACGUUGGUGGUGACAUGUUUGUUAGUGUGCCGAAAGCGGAUGCCAUUUUCAUGAAGUGGAUUUGUCAUGAUUGGAGCGACGAACAUUGCUUAAAAUUCUUGAAGAAAUGCUAUGAAGCACUACCAGCAAAUGGGAAAGUGAUAAUUGCAGAAUGCCUACUUCCAGAGACCCCAGACACAUCAGAUUCCACUAAGAAUACAGUACAUGUGGAUGUAAUAAUGUUAGCACAUAAUCCAGGAGGCAAAGAAAGGACUGAGAAAGAAUUUGAGGCUUUGGCUAAAGGGGCUGGAUUUAGUGGAUUCCGCAAGGCUGCUUGUGCUUACAACACUUGGGUCAUGGAAUUCAACAAGUGAUUAAUUAAUAAUUCAUUUUGCAAUUGGGAUCCUACUUUUCUCUGAGUGGCUUGACAUACGAUGUAGUGAUCACUGUGAAAUAAAACACAAUUAGCUUUUACAUUGAAGAGAUUGAUGUUCUAAACGGGGAUAAAAAAGGGAAGAUCAAAUAAUAUGAAGCUUUAUUUGCUGGA